AAAUGCUGACGAAAGUGGAACUAGAGAGGGUGAAACCAAACACAAAAAGUCCCGGUUUGCUGGUUUUCGUUUGUUCUACUGGCAGAGUUCCGUCUAAAAUCGUGGAAUUGGCCUAUAAAACAGGACAGUUUGAGCUUGGAAGUGUAUUGUGAUGUGUGGCUUUGUUAAUAAGUGGUGGUCUACUCAUUCUGAUGAAAUGGUACCUCGGACAGCAGCUUACGUUACAGUAUAGCCAAUUUCGCGCCUAGUUGUGUUGUGUUCGUGUCGACCUCUUGUCGACCCAUCUUUGAUGCCAAGUGUAAACCAGCCUACAAAUUCCGUAGUAUAAAUAGUUUCCUUAGAGUUCAACGCAAAAAAAAGCAGUACAAGCAGUGUCGCAUUUGGCAAGGUUUAUUCGACUAGUUUUAAUUUUAGUGUCCUAGCUUUGUUAUUCUCGAGCAAACCACAACAAAUACACAUUUUAGCUCUCGUCCCCACAGCUGGUGGUCGAUAAGUUUAAGGUCCCUCGUUAGAAAUCUAGUCUCCAGUGAAAAUGGCCAUAUACAUACAACAGCAACACCGACAAAAUAAACGCCACAAAACGAAAUCCAUUGGGAGCCCUGACCCUAUGGAUGCGUUUCUGGGGCUGUACGACAACGGUUCAGAUUCAGACGAUGACGAUUGGAUUUCUCAAUUUGAAUUGGCCGAUCCUCUGGCUAAUAAUAAUAAUCAACAGAAAAAUCUACCCCCAGAACCGCAGUCUGGCAAUAUUGAAUACAAAUUGAAAUUAGUCAAUCCCUCCGAACAACGGAUUCAGCAUCUUGUCACUCAGAUGAAAUGGCGUUUGCGUGAAGGUCAAGGUGAGGCGAUCUACGAAAUCGGAGUAGGGGACGAUGGAUUUCUUCAUGGUUUGUCACGCUCGGAUAUGGAUGCUUCACUGGAUACUUUAACCAACAUGGCCAGACGUUUGGGUGCCUCUGUGACUAUUCUAAGAAGAAGGUCUUUAGACGCCACCGAUAAUGAAGUUAUGACGGAUCUCAGCGUGGCGGAAGUGCUCGUGAGGAAAGUCCCGGACGACCAGCGUAGUAUCGAUUUGCGGGUAGCAGUUUUGGGGAAUGUCGAAGUCGGCAAGUCAACUUUAAUCGGCGUGUUGACGCAAGGCCAGCUAGACAAUGGACGUGGCUUGGCCCGGCUUAACAUGUUUCGACAUAAACAUGAAUUUCAGACGGGUCGAACAAGCUCUGUCAGCCAUGACAUUUUGGGUUUCGAUUCGGGCGGACAGGUAGUUAAUUACGAACAAGCUACCACGGCAGAGGAAAUUUGUGACAACUGUUCCAAAUUACUGACCUUCAUCGAUCUGGCUGGUCACCACAAAUACCUGCGAACUACCAUUCGUGGCUUGACCUCCUAUUCUCCUCAUUACGUCAUGCUUAUCGUCUCGGGAACGUCAGGAGUUGUGGGCACCACCCGAGAGCACCUUGGCCUAGCUUUGGCACUGGAGGUCCCUUUCUUUAUCGUCAUCACUAAGCAGGACGUAACCCGGCCUCAAGUUCUCGCCGACACUAUACAACAUUUGGAAACUCAUCUGAAAGGCCCAGGAUGCAAUAAGGUGCCAUUCCGUAUAGAAACAGAAGAUGAUGUCAUUACUGCUGGCGCAGCCUCGCUAUCCGAGACAACCGUGCCCAUCUUUGUGGUGUCGAGCGUAACCGGCCGAGGGCUUAAUCUCUUGACCAAAUUUUUGCAUUUGCUGCCGCCAGGGUGGGGCGCAUUGGAACGCGAAAAGAUGGAACAGGAGCCAGUGGAAUUUCAAAUUUACGAGACGUUUUGUCUACCUCAAGUCGGCACGGUCUUGGGCGGCCUUUUAACACAAGGCGUUUUGACGGAAAACAUGAACCUGUUGCUUGGACCUCUAGAAGAUGGAUCGUUUCAUCCGGUUCAAGUCCAGUCGAUCCAACGUUACAAGUCUUCGUGCCGAGCUGUCCGAGCUGGCCAAAGCGCAUCUCUGGCACUCAAUAUCGAGUUGCCGAACAUUCGUAAAGGAAUGAUUCUAGCUGAUCCGCAUCUGAAACCGCAAGCCACGCUCUUUUUUCAGGCCACAAUUGUUGUGCUGUUUCAUUCUACGAGCAUACAUAAAGGAUUCCAGACAACGGUGCACAUCGGCAGCAUCCAACAGACAGCCGUACUCGAAGGAAUAAUGGCAGCCAAACAUAUUGUUACCAAUGAUACGGCUUCGGUGCUUUUCCGUUUCUUGCAGCAUCCGGAAUUCAUCAGGACGGGGUCAAGGCUACUAUUUCGUACAGGUAGCACUCAAGGAAUCGGAAAAAUCACGCAGGUCUUCCCAAUCGAGAUUGACAGUUGUGCAGAGAAGUAAAGUACGCUUUUUUUAUCGCCCUUUGAGCUCUUUUUCCUGAUGUAGAUUCAAAAUUUUGACCCCGAAAUUUUUACAGAAUCGUUUGAUCGUUUUACGUAAUUAUUAUUUUUUUUCCUUUUAUUUUUAAAGAAAGCAUGCUGCUUAUUACGUGUAAUCUUAACAGCGGGAAGCAUAACUGAAGUGUUAAGUGCACAAGCUAAGUGUAAACUUAGUAGCACUAGCACAGAUGUUUGCCUCAACAACAUUAUGUAGCGAAAAUUGAAUGGCUAAUGUCGUCCCCCUACGUUUUUUUUUGCGCAAAGUCACGUUUGAAAUUAUUACAAAAUUUAUAUUACUUAUUUUCACCACGAAUCCGGCAAUCUAAUGAACUUCCUCAUCGCCAAAAUAUUUUGUCUUCUAUCUAUCUUCUCGUCUCCUAUCAUGAACUGUCACAGCCUUAAAUUCUUUGUCUCUUUUACCCCACUGUGUGUCGAAACUUUGUCGGAUAUAUAUAUAUA